AUGUCAUAUGUGAACUUGGGAACUGUGCGGCAGGCUUUGCAAGAACAAUGGGGGCAAAUUCGACUCCAUUUGGACAGUCCGCUGUACCGGUAUGCGUUACUACACAAUGAGUCCAGCGUUUUCGUGAUCAUUCAGAGGUCAAGAGAAGCUCCGGAACAAGAGGGCUUUCUCCUGGCUGCCUCAAAUGAUCCAGCGCACGGCUGUAUCUUUAUGUAUGCCAGAAAGUCGCCGCAGCAGAUGGUUGCGCACACAGCCCAGGCCAUCUACAAUCGAGUCGGCGGGAAUUGGAGUGCGCGGCCUCUUCAGUCCAGCCUCUUUUUGAUGAACUUCAGCCUUCCGGAGAUGAAGAAGGGGAGGUCGGCGGCUUGUGGCCCCGGAUCCGAGGAAUGCUUCGACGUGAGCACUCGCCGCAUCAUGCUGGAUGACGACCUGCACUGGCUGGUGGUACUGGUGCUGCCAUCCAAUGCUUUUACCAAAGUUGCCUCUGCGAAGCAGCUCGAGUUGGAGAAGACUGUUGACCUCAGUGCAGCUGCCUCCGAAGAUGCCUCGCACAUCUUCCGUGUGUCCUUCUUCGUGCUGUCAACUGCGGUGAUUUUUGGCCUGUUCGCAGCAUGGUUCAUCAGCGCUCUUGCCACCUAUCCGCUGAACAAAUUGCAAGGAUACAUGCACAAGCUGGGCAGACUGGACAUGAAAGGCCUGCCAGGCUUGCACUGCAACCUCAACGAGAUGUCUUCUUUGACGGAGGUUGCGGAGCUCCAAGCUGGCUUUGUGAACCUGGCCCGAAGUGUUGAGACCUUCUCCAGGUUCGUGCCAGAAACCGUGGUGAGAUCAAUCUUGCAUGGAGAUGCAGCAGCCAGCAGCAUACACGUUCAGGGAAGACAUGCAACGAUCAUGUUUACCGAUAUCCAAAGCUUCACAAGCAUCGCGGAGACGCUGUCGCAGUCUGACUUGAUGACGCUGCUGUACAUGUAUUUGAGCGAGAUGACUGACAUCGUGGAGCGUCACGGCGGUGUGGUCAGCGAAAUCCUGGGAGAUGGUCUUCUGAUUCUCUGGAAUGCUCCAGAUGAUCUCAAGGAUCACCCGGUCGCCGCAUGCAGAGCCGCUGUGGCACAACACAAGGCCUUGUCUCGCCUGAACGAAGCUUUUGCAGAAAUGAUGUUGCCCAGCAUCCGUAUUCGCAUCGGCCUCCACACGGGGGACGUGCUCGCUGGCAACAUUGGAAGCUGCAAGAAGAUGAAGUAUGGCUGCAUGGGGGACCCUGUGAAUCUGGCAAGUCGUUUGGAAGGACUGGCCAAGCACUACGGCGUGGGCACUCUUUGCUCUGAUGCCACCUGGGCGAGUCUGCCGCCGAACUUCGUGUGCCGUAAGCUGGACCUAGUGAGGGUGAAGGGCAAGGAGCAGGCCGUGUGGGUUUAUGAGCUCAUCGACGACAUGCCCAGUCUUCGAGAGACAACCGCACAGCUCUAUGAGGACGCGCUGCAUGCCUUCCACAAUCAGAGUUUUGCGCUUGCUGUGCAACUAGCUAGCUCGCUCGCGGCGCAGGACCCAGGGGACACUGCAGCAGUGAAGCUGUUGCAGCGAGCCGAUGCCGCCUGCCAGACAGACCUGCCGAUUGGCUGGUCUCCUGUGAUGGAGAUGACCGAGAAGUGA